AUUAUGGAGUUUCUGAAAAUUGGCUGAGUAAUUUCUUGUGUAAUCACUGAAGCUACUGACAAAGCGCCGUGUUCUUCACCAAGAAGUGUUAAUAGUGUAAAUCGUACCUAAAUGAGCAAAUUUCGUCCAAACCAUCGCUUUCCUUUGUUGUUUAACAAUGCAGUUUACAUAGUCGCCUCUUUAAUUACACGUUUUGUACCCACCAAUUGAAUACGUCUCCAUCCGCGUCCUGAAAAAACCACUUUCUGCGCUCAUGUACACACAAUUACACUUUCCUGGUCUUGUCGUAAUUGCAGCUAUUGAUGGCCACGUCACUUUUAAUUUCAAGGGUGAAUAGUAAAGCGCGAAAACACACCAUUAACACUCUUUAAAAACCAGUCCACAUAAAAAAUCCGGCUGCUGCUCAUUUAAAGCGGCUGAUUAUUACAGUAGACGAAAUCUGCUCGUGCUGAAGAUGCCUCUUACGAUUUAUUCAACCUCUAAUCGGUCCACUGUCAUCCUUAAAAGGAACCUGUUGCCUUUCAGCGCUAAUAAGAUAUAGUUUCGACAAAAGCUUAUCGAUUUAAAUUUUAUUUGCGUUACUCGCGAUGCUCCACAAAGCACAAUAGGAUUUCACGCAUUUAUAAAGCACCUGUCUGAUCCAAUGGUCGAGGUGGCAAAGGUCGAAAAUGAAAAGUGUGACGGAGAUGUCGAAUCAGGCAUUAAAACGUGAAAAUGCGAGUGCUUCUGCCAACGUUUUGAUGUGUAAGCAAUGGUGGAAAGUGUGUUGGAUGUACGGUGACCAGGAGAAAUACUACAGACAACUGUACGGAAAAAGAGUGCAACAAGAAAAGAAGAAAUACGAAAACGUGGAUGAUACUCAAAGCACCAGGGUGUACGAAAACGCGAUUGUGACCAAACAGCAGGGAUUUACUUUUGACGAAGGAAGGACGAAUGCGACUCUUGGGAUUAAUUCGUUAGACUUGACCAGGGAAAUUGAUGAAUCCGUUUGCCGCAACUGCCCUUGGCCAGACACCUCCAUGUCUUCGAACGAAGGAAUGAACGUUCCGAUUUCACCACCUGCCCUUCCGUCUCCCGGAGGUAAAUUACCGUCUUUAGACCCAACCGAUCGGUUUCUGGGUAAAGGUUCGCCCUUUGCACCAUCAACAGGCGAUCCGCAACGUCAUUCGCAAAGCGACGAUGACUCCGGAUGUGCUCUCGAGGAGUACACUUGGGUACCACCGGGACUUCGACCAGACCAAGUGCACUUAUACUUCAGCGCCCUGCCUGAAGACAAAGUGCCGUAUGUGAACUCCGUGGGAGAGAGGUACAGGGUGAGGCAACUCCUACAGCAGUUGCCGCCACACGACAACGAAGUGCGCUAUUGUCACGCCCUCAGCGAUGAAGAGAGGAAGGAGUUGAGGCUAUUUUCCGCACAAAGGAAGAGGGAGGCGUUGGGAAGGGGGGCCGUGAGGCAGCUGCCGGCUCCCAUGCAAUGCGAUGCGUGUGAAGAGAUGUUGGCUACUGGCGAUAUCUGUGUUUUCGCAUCCAGGGCGGGUCCCAACACCUGCUGGCAUCCUGCAUGUUUCACGUGCAAUGUCUGCAGGGAACUUCUCGUUGAUCUGAUAUAUUUCUACAAAGAGGGCCGCUUAUACUGCGGGAGACACCAUGCAGAAACCAUCAAACCGAGGUGCUCGGCUUGUGACGAGAUCAUCCUCGCCGACGAAUGUACUGAAGCCGAGGGUCGCGCUUGGCACAUGAAGCACUUCGCUUGUUCCGAAUGCGAACGCCAACUCGGAGGACAACGCUACAUAAUGCGAGACGGACGUCCCUACUGUCUGCACUGCUUCGACGCCAUGUUCGCUGAAUACUGCGACUCCUGCGGCGAACCCAUCGGCGUCGACCAAGGGCAGAUGAGCCACGAGGGCCAGCACUGGCACGCCACCGAGCUGUGUUUUUGUUGCCAUACGUGCCACACGUCGCUCCUGGGACGUCCCUUCUUGCCGAGACGCGGCGCCAUCUACUGCUCGAUCGCCUGCAGCAAAGGCGAACCCCCGACACCUUCCGACAGCUCAGGACCAGGGACGCGGAUGCCGAGACAAACCAGGAGCCGGCCUCCGCGACCACCAUCACCUAACGAAUCCAGCACUCCGCCGCCGUCGCCCAGCAGGCGGCACGUUUCCGGUUCGCCAACGACGUCGUCGCCGUCGUCACCCCACGCGGUGCUACAAAUCACUAAUCUGUCGAGGUCGCCGCCGGUGAGGUCGCCGAAGAUGGGACGAAGGGCUUUGCAAAGAUCCCCAAAGCCGGACCGUUCCAUCCCCAGCACUCCAACUCCCUCGGACAACGGCAGCACCCUGCUGAACCCCGUCGAACCGUUGGUCUCGAGCGAAGAUGUAGCCUCCCGGGGCCUUCCUGCCCCUCAAAGCCCCGGUGGGCGCGGUCUCGACCGCGUUCUCCUUGAACGCAACCUGGAGCGCCUCAUCAGCGAACGAACCGGGCAAAUGCAUUCUUCCGACCUCGAGAAGCUCCUGCACGCGCGCGAUCGAAGCCGGGAACCCCUGCACCUCGCCGAUCUGAGUCUCGACGACUGGAAUCCAAAAGGUGUCAACGACAACCAGGCGGAGAAGCCCGACAACAUCACGAACGAGAAAGAAAACAACAACACUACCUCCGAACACAUGCCUCCGCACGCCUCGUCCAUGCCGGAACUGGCGUUGCCCGGCUCCAGCGAGAGCGGUGGCAACGCCACCCCCGGUUCGCCAAACAAGAGAGGACGAGGACUGCUGAGCGUGCGCUUCCAGGGGGACAACGAGGCGUUCGAGGGGGACGAAGCAGACAGCGCGAGCAUGGAAGCUUCGAGGAAGUUUCCCAGGAGUCGGAGUUACGCUGGAAGGUCGCGGCACGUGGAUACGCUAGAAAGGAAAGGGAAGCCCAGGAAGACGAUUUCCGAGACGCAAAUGGCCGGGACCAGCCGGCAGGACGACGACGCAGAGAGCUACUGCAGUACGUGCUCUUCAAGCAGUUCCAGUGAUGAUCUGGAUUACCAGUUGCCACCAAGACGUGCCUAUGGAGGCGUGAGAAUCUCUUAUGUUCCUAACGACGCUCUUGCCUGUGCCAGAAGGAGACAAGCGACUAGCCAGAAGUCGCCAAGUAAGAAGGGAGCGAUGGACGAUAAGGACAAGAAUUGUGUCAUAUCUUGAUUGGAGAUUUGCCUUCCAUUUUUGUAACUGAUUGCCAAAUAUGUAACGCAUUAUAUUCAGGGUAUAUAAUGUUAGGUCGAUAUUGCCGAAUUUGUAGAACCUGCCUUGAAAUUGUGCUUCUACAUACUUUUGUGUUCUUUUCCAUAUGUACAAAUUUAUAACGUAUGUAUACUUAAAUUGUUUUAUACCUUUUCUAUCUACAAGGUUAUGUAGAUUGUAGUUAUGUAUAAUACAAUAUUUAUUAAGAUUUUUAAUAUAAUCAUUGUUUUUACUUGUGUAUAUUGUAAAUAAAAGAUUUUGGUUUUUAAUAAAUGUAAUAAAACUUGA